UACAAAAACUAUAACUAAUUUUCAAUAUGUUUUUAGUAGCCCUGUCAAAACCUUAGUGACUCUGUAAAAGCAUGUGUGUGCGCGCGCGCUGAUGUGUUUGCACUCCACGUCUGCUGACGUACCGCUGUCAGGCAGGCAGUACAUCAGUAUUGCAGGACUGGACACUUCAGGGUCCGAGAGAGCAGACCUGUAAUGCGCCUCCUGUUUGUCCGCGUCUUGGCAGCCGCCGCGCGGUUGCGGCACUGGGGGAGAAGAGCAGGGCUGAUAAAGCGCGUCCGCCUGAAGGGGUGGAGAGGAGGGCAGAGACAGACAGAGGGCAGGACUGCCAGGGUGCGGCUGCUUCAGUAGCAUCUGAGCUCGGGUCACUUCCAUUUCCACAGUGCACAUGUCAAACAGCCGAGCCGGGAGCCAGAAACCGCUGCGGGGACGCGCACUCUGACCGCGGCUCUGCGCAACCAGGAUCCGCCUGCAGGCGACUCUCAGCGCGCGUGCCAAGAUAAACGGAACUUCUCUAUUUAUUCCCCCUGUCUCCGCUUUGACUGAGAGAAAGCGACUUUUACAGACCUGAGAGGAGGACCGACGGUCUGGCAAGCGAAGUCACCAUCGACCGAGUCCUGGGUCUGUCGGGGUGUCUUUCCUUGCGCAAAGGGAUGGCGAGAGCCAGGUGCCCUAAUAAACUGGUCCUCCUCCCCCUCCGGUGAUCUUGCACGGGGUCUGAAGCUGAGAUUGGGGGGAGGAGGGUCGCUUAAUCGUUAUCUUCACCGUCUUUGACACUCCAUCUUUCGGAGUGCCCGCUGGCACCGGUUGGCAUGAGACUCUCCACGGCAGCGGCGCUCCUCACCGGCUUCAUCUUGGCUUUCUCGCCGGCGUACGACGGCUGUGGACCGGGCAGAGGUUACGGCAAGAGACGGACUCCGCGGAAACUCACGCCUCUCGCCUAUAAGCAGUUUAGUCCGAACGUAGCCGAGAAAACGCUGGGGGCGAGCGGGAGAUAUGAGGGGAAGGUCACCCGCAGCUCCGAGCGCUUUAAAGAGCUGACGCCAAACUACAACCCGGACAUCAUCUUCAAGGAUGAGGAGAACACAGGUGCGGACCGCAUGAUGACACAGCGCUGCAAGGAUAAGCUGAACUCUCUGGCCAUCUCGGUGAUGAACCUGUGGCCCGGUGUGCGUCUGCGUGUGACGGAGGGCUGGGAUGAGGACGGACAUCACUCUGAAGAAUCUCUGCAUUAUGAGGGCAGAGCGGUGGACAUCACAACCUCGGACCGCGAUCGCAACAAGUACGCCAUGCUGGCUCGUCUUGCGGUGGAAGCAGGCUUCGACUGGGUCUAUUACGAAUCCAAAGGCCACGUACACUGCAGUGUCAAAUCAGAUCGUUAUGCAAAUCAGCUGUCCCUGACAUGAUCAGAAGAAGCAUAUAAUACUGUAUAUUGUUAUGUAUAUACUGUAAUUUGUACAAAAUCCUAUAGUCCAAAGAGGAAAGACUGCUGGCAGUGCCAGUCAAAGUCAGAAUCAGUCCACUAGGAGGCGCUCAAACCCCAAUGAAGAGGAAGUAAAAGUUCCACUUUGAGGAUCCUAUUUACCACCUGAACCAGUCUUGAGGAAAACCCCAUAGGACCAAGCAAUGAACGAAGGGUGGAAAGGCCAGAGGUAUAUCAGUCAAAAGUGGAGAUUAGAAACAGGGCCAGGGCACUGAAUCCGUUCUACAUCUAAAUGCUUUCCCUUUUCUCUCCAUUCCUCUCCUCCAUUCCUUCCGUAGAGCAUUCAAUAGCAGCAAAAACAGGCGGCUGUUUUCCUGGAAGGGCUCUGGUGACCAUGAAGGAUGGUUCCCAUCGACAAAUCCGU